GAAGUUAGUUGUGCUCGGUGUGGUGCUUCUGCGCAGGCGCAGUUCACUCUGUUUGUCCAGUUCCACUGGUUGACUUUUUACCUGAGGAGAGGUAGACGGACUAGUUUCGGUUCUCCGGUGUUAUAAGGGAAUAAGCAACAACAACAAGCAGCACCGGGGUCCGGUAACAGAGGUGACGGUGACAGGACUUUCUCCACCGGACCCGGUUAGAGUCGGGAAGGGAUUUCUCCGGGAUUUUAGAGAGUCGGUGCGCAACAGCGAGGCGAGGCGGGAGGCAGGUGCACCGGAGAGGAGGAGGAGGGCUGCUUCCGUGACAGAGUCCUGUCGGUAGAACCGGGUCGUUAGUUCAUUAGUAUGCAGCUGGAGUCCUCCCGGUGCAGCCUGAGGACCGACCGGCAGCCCUGAAGUCUCCUCCGAGCCCGCUGAGUGACUCCUCAGGAGGAGGAGGACUCCGGUGUCACCGAGCAGUUCUACCGGACACCUCCUCACCUGGUGCACCGGGAAGAUGAUGGGCUUCCUGCGCCGGACGUUCAGCCGCCGCUCCCGGAGCCGCUUCCAGCAGACGAGAGAGAGAGACGAGCGGGACGGUAAAGGAGGAGGAGGACCGGGACCAGGAGGGGUCACCGGGAACCCCCUGCUCCUGGCUCAUCAGCAGCAGGUCAUUCACGCUCCCGCCGUGGUCAGCGGAGGAGCGUCGGUCCACAUCCCGGCGGCCGGUACCGCGAGGACCAGCAUCACCUGCAGGGUCCUGCUGCUGGACGGGUCCGACGUCAAUGUGGAUUUACCUAGCAAGUCCAAAGGCCAGGACCUUUUUGACCAGAUCAUGUAUCACAUAGAUCUGGUGGAGACGGACUACUUUGGAUUGCAGUUCAUGGACACAGAACAAGUCUCACACUGGCUGGAUAUGUCCAAGCUUAUAAAGAAACAGAUCCGAGACGGGCCUCCAUACAGACUGUUCUUCAGGGUGAAAUUUUACUCUUCUGAGCCAAAUAACCUGCGUGAGGAAUUUACAAGGUAUCUGUUCGUGUUGCAGCUUCGACAAGAUAUUCUGUCUGCCAAAUUGAAAUGUCCGUACGAUAUGUCAGUAGAGCUGGCGGCAUAUUGUUUACAAAGUGAGAUGGGAGACUGCGACCCAUUGGAGCACUCUCCUGAGCUGGUGUCUGAGUUUCGUUUCACUCCCAAACAGAGCGAGCCCAUGGAGGCCGACAUCUUCGGCAGGUGGUUGGACCUCAGGGGGGAGAGCCCGUCAGAAGCAGAGAUUUCUUUUCUCAACAAGUGCAAGUGGCUGGAGCUUUACGGAGUAGAUAUGCACUUUGUCAAGGGCAGAGAUGGAGGAGAAUAUGCACUAGGUCUCACUCCUACUGGCAUUUUAGUCUUUGAAGGCCUCAACAAAAUCGGCCUCUUCUUUUGGCCCAAAAUCACUCGGCUGGACUUUAAAAAGAGUCGACUCACAUUGGUCGUGACGGAGGACGACGAUCAGGGUCGCGAGCAAGAGCACACGUUUGUUUUCCAGCUGGCCAGCUCCAAGAGCUGUAAACACCUGUGGAAGUGCGCCGUGGAGAGCCACGCUUUCUUCCGGCUACGCCAACCAGCCACAGGCAAGGCCAGCCAGAGCGACUUCACACGACUCGGGUCUCGCUUCAGAUUCAGUGGUAAAACAGAGUAUCAGGCCACUCACGGAGGCAGACUGAGGAGAGCCAGCACAUUCGAGAGACGGCCGAGCAAGAGGUACCCCUCCCGCACACAGUCACUGGGCAAAGCUUCCAUUUCCCCGGCCAAGCCCUCACAUAUCAGCUCUCACGCCAGCCCUGAUCCCAGCCUACAUCCAUACCAGCACAACAUUCCUAUUGGCCACGAGCCGUGGCACCCGCCCCACUCGGCGCUCACGCCUCCGGUUUACCUGCAGCCCUCCGGACACACGCCAUCGCACAGUUUCCCUCUGAGCGAUCCUGCUUCAGACCAUCAGUUCAGUGUUGAAGAGAAUGAGAUUUCGUAUUCUGGCAAGAUCCACCACCAUCACCGCCGCCACACACACAGCCAGGACACACUCUGUCACACACAUACCAAGAACAAACGUCGAGCUCCUCCCAGCCCUGCAGAUGAGAUGGACAUCUCUCAGUCUCUGCUCAAGGCUCUGGAGUCAGACGAUGAUUCUCCCCCCUGGCCUUCGCUGCACGUCAACAUGGACAACAAGGGAGAGGAGAAGCAGCUGUCUGAAAAGUCUCUGCAUCCUCCUGUGUCCCCGGCGAUGCUGCCUGAUCAUCUCAAGUGUAACAUCCUCAAGGCCCAGAUGGAGGCGGCCUUCAGGAAGGAAGCUCCAACAACGCCUAGAGGGAAGAACUCAAAUGAGACCCUCAAUGACAGGUAUCAGAGCUCGUCCCAAGACUCAGCUGCAUCCAGUCUGACCGCAGACAAGACGCAACAUUGGCAAGACCGCAACCCAACGCCGGAGAGGCUGCAACCCAAUGCCAAUUUAAGCACCAACCGCAGGAAACGACUGGUCAGACAGUUCAGCUUUAACCAUGAAGAUGAAGAUAAUCUCCCAGAAGCACUUGCAGCCAUCUCCUCCCAGAGUGCAGCAAAGUCAGGAUCUACCAGCUCAUUGGACAAACAGAUACAGCCGUCCAUAUACCCACAGGUGGAUAAUAUGCCAGCUCUGGAGCUGAGUAGUCCGUGCUGUCCCUCUCCUUCGCCCUCUCCCCAUCUCUCCCCUUCUUAUUACCGUAGCUCCAAUCCUCGCCUGGCCCCUUACCUUGCUGCCCAUAACGACAGCGGAGAGGAAAUGAGGCUGGACAGAGAGAAGAUACUGAGAGCCCUCCUGAUGACGGAGCUCUGAGACCUUGAACCUUGACCCCUGUGACAUCGCCGUCAGGCGCAGCACCCCAGGCGUUAUGUGAGCAAAGUGGGAACAGAGGGCCCAAAGUCGUCGGCUGCAAUCAACAUUUGUAUAUUUGCAUAAUACACUCAGCAGUUAUAAAUAUAUAUUUGCAUAAAGGCAAUUGUUAUAUUUGCUUAAAACUGUUAUUUUAGAAGGACGGUUCUUUUUACUCAUCAAACUGAAACUGUAAAAACUGUAAGUGAGCUAGAACAAAAUGAACUCACUGACUGACUCACACAUUACAGACGAGCUACAGAUGUGACUGGUGCUGCCUGCAUGAUAAAUAUGUUACAUGAUGAAAUAUUUACCUGAUUUGCUUUGGGGGUUAUGUUUAACUUUUUUAACACCGUGUCCAUGUUGAUGCCUAAACUGUAUUCCAGACAGCGACUGUUGAACAAUUGAUCUCUAAAAAAAAAAGAGGCCGAAGUGAAAGUUAAUUCACUUUUUUCAAUAGUUUUUUCAAAAUGUAAAUAGACAUUGUAGUUAAUAUACUGAUAACAAAUUACAGGCUUUGUUCCUUUGUGUCAGAUAUCCAUUUUUUGAGAUGCCAAAACAUUUGCAGCAUUUGAGUUUUAAGAAACUUCCUGAACAGAGUUGCAGUUUUAAUCUACCCACUAGAAGGAGACAAAUCUGCAGUCACAGCUGAGCACAUUGAUUCUGUGUCAUGAGGAGCAGAUCACGGAUCACUACUUUUUACAUGCAGUUUUCAUCACAGGUCAAAAUGCAAAAACAGAUCUCAGAAGAAGCUAUUAUUUAAGCAUAACCCUGCUGCUCAACAACUUCAUUUCAGCCCUUGUUUUGUCACAACCACAUCAGAGGCGGCUGAUGAUCUGCUGCUGUGCUGUAUGCAUUGAUUGUGUUGUUCCUGCCCACGGUUGGAUCUUAAUAAAGGCCACAUCAUCCGUUUGACAA